AUGACCGAUUCGAGCGGCAACAAAGUCCUCAACAUGGAUGAAAUUCAAGCGUUCGUUGAUUCGCGGUACAUCAGCGCCCCGGAAGCGCAUUGGCGGCUGAGCAAGUACGAAAUGCACGCAAAGUCUCAUACUGUAGUCCGUUUGCCGGUGCACAAGCCUAAUGAACAAGAGGUGUAUUUUGCCGCGGGAGAAGAAGAAACUGCUGUGGAAAGCGCCUCUACCCGUGACACUAUGCUCACCGCAUGGUUUAAACUCAACCAAAAGGAUGCAGAUGCCAGGUCAAUACUGUACCACGACAUACCAAUUAAAUAUCGCUUUGAAAUAGGUGCCUGGAAAAAGCGCGUUAACGAGACGGGGGGAAAAGCUAUCGGCCGCAUGUAUGCCGUAAAUCCACGGGACUGUGAACGUUUCUACUUGCGCCUUCUUUUGCUCCAUGUCGCUGGGCCACUAAGCUUCACAGACCUUCAAUCGGUGAAUGGCGAGACAUUUGCCACAAUUAAGGAUUCAGCGAGAGCACGAGGGUUGCUGGAGAACAGCGACCACUGGAUUCAGUGUAUGGAAGAAGCUUCUGGGACUGCUAUGCCCGCUGCUAUGCGAUGCCUGUUUGUGACAAUCCUGAUCUGUGGGAACCUUCCACCAUCGGAUGCCCGUAAUUUAUGGCAGACAUACAACCAGGCUAUGAGCGAAGACUUCAGGCGUAACCGCACGCCGGACGCAGCCAUAUUUUUUGCGUACACCGAUGUCAACAAACGCCUAGAUUCAUUUGGCGUCAGCCUUCUUCGUCCGUAUCAAAUUUCUGAGCCUCCUCGCCCUUCGGAAUUUCAAGAAGAAAUCAUCGACAAGAAAGCGGAGUUAAAGAAAGGCAGCGAAAUGUUUGCACCCAUGAACGAAGGACAGAAAACAGUUACGAACGCAGUUAUGGACGCUGUUCAUGAGAGAUCUAACGAACGUUGCAUCUUUGUUGGCGCUCCUGGUGGAACUGGAAAAACCUUUGUAUUUACCGCCAUUGCUCAUCAGUUAACUGGCGAAGGCAUUUCUGUCGUUUGCAUGGCUAGCACAGGGAUCGCUGGAAAUCUACUGCCGCGUGGGACUACUGUGCACACUGGAACAGGGCUGCCGCUCAAAUUAGAUAGCAAUUCCCGCCUCGCCGUAUCAAGUCGUAACCAUUUGGGGAUCAAGCUGCGCAAUGCUAAAGUUUUUUUAUGGGAUGAAGCGCCGAUGUCAUCUGCUAUGGCUCUGGAGACGAUUGACGUCAGCCUUCGUGAACUAAUGCAAAACAAUCUGCCUUUUGGUGAAAAAGUUAUGGUUCUUGGUGGCGAUUAUAGACAGGUUUUGCCAGUAAUUGAACGUGGAAAUAAAGCCCAGCAGCUGGCUGCUUCUCUCAAACGGUCCCAGUUAUGGCGGUUCUUUAAAACUUAUAAGCUGCAUCAGAAUUUGCGCGCGGAAAAUGGCCAAGAGGAAUUCUGUCACUGGCUGUUGGGUCUUGGUGAAGGAAAGCUCCCCGUGGACGAAAACGAUGAAAUCGAAGUUCCCGAAUGCUGCAUCAGUUCAGGAAACAUUAUCCAAGAGGUUUUUGGGGAUAUUAUUCCAGUAGACAACACGGAAAAGCUAUUGGGCAGUGUCAUACUUUGCCCAACCAAUGAUGAAACGCUGGAAAUUAUUGACGAGAUAGUCGAAAAGAUUGAGGGAGCUGCAGCUACGUAUGAAAGCAUUGACAGUAUAACUUGCGAAGAGGGCGAGGAUCCGACAGAGUUUCCUGAAGAAUUCCUUUACACGCUAACGCCGAACGGACUGCCCCCACAAACUUAG